AUGCUGCCGCUGUCGCGUGGAACAGCUUUAAAAAGUGGGAAAAGAAUAGUUCUGGAGGAGCAACAGCAGAAAUCAAACCCUCAUGAAAGUUUACAAGAUGAUACAUCAUUGAACGCCAUCAGUUGUGAUGUUGAUGUGAUUAAAGAAAAUGAGGAGGAGGAGGAGAAGAAGAAGGACGAAAAAGCGAAAAGUUUUCGCAAAGAACCGAGUAAUGAGUCUUUGAAAUUUUCAGAUUAUUUGGAGUUGAACGAAAUCCCUCUGCUCUUUGACAAACUCACUGCAACACUUUUGCAGGAGAGACCCGAUGCUCCGCUGGAUUUCAUUAUUUCGUGGAUGAGGUUGGAGAGAGCGCGCGUAUUGAAUGGCAGCGAUGGCAACAAAAAUAUUAUUACUGCUACUACUACUUAUAAUAAUAAUAACAAUAAUAAUGUGGAUAACAGCAAUGGAGAUCCGAAAAAAUGUACUUAG